AUAAAUCCAUUGUUCAAUCAGAUAAUGAGUGGUUCUUCUUCUCUCCUCGUGGAAGGAAGUACCCGAAUGGCUCACAAAGUAAAAGGGCAACUGAGUCUGGUUACUGGAAGGCCACAGGAAAAGAACGUAAUGUGAAGUCUGGUUCUAAUAUGAUUGGCACAAAAAGAACCCUGGUGUUCCACAUGGGUAGGGCACCGAAAGGACAGAGGACACAAUGGAUAAUGCAUGAAUAUUGCAUGACCGGAAACACUUAUUAUCAGGAUUCAGUGGUUGUUUGCCGCCUCCGGAAGAAUAAUGAGUUUCAUUUGAAUGACACCCAUGGAAACCGAAGGAAUCAUCUGGCUAAUGACUGUGCCACUGCUUUGUCUGGAGCAGGACAGUUGGACAGUUUGGACUUGAUAAAUGGAGGGGAUUGCUGUUCAAAAGAGGGUAGCAGCAGCUUUAGUUCUCAUUCGGUUGAGAAGAUUGAAUCUGGGUCAGAAUCCGAUAAGCUGACUAAAGAGUUGCCACAGCAUCAUUCCUCUAGUCACUGGAAGGAUUGUGACGAAGAGGACUGUUUUGCUGAUAUAAUGAAAGAUGAUAUCGUUAAGCUAGAUGAUUCUUCAUAUAAGGAAAGACACAAUCUGUUGCCAAUAGUCACUAGGAAGCUUGAAUCAUCUACAAAGUCAUCAACCCAGGAAUUCCAAGAUCUAAUGUCUCAUAGGCUGCCUUUCCAGGGCACUGCAAAUCGAAGACUAAGGCUACAAACGGAAAUAGUGCCUCGUCGAGUAGAGAGAUCUGAAGUAUAUGAAGCUAAUAAGAAGAAUAGCCGUGCUGUGGGCACCACUAGAUGUUUGAUGAUUAACAUAAUUCCAAUAAGAAGAAUGAAGCAAUGGUCGAUACCUCUGCUUCUGGUUUUCUUUGCGUUACUGGUCAUAUUUCUUUGUUUGUUUGGAGUUCCACAAAAAGUAAAAUGGCUUAGGCAUCUUGUUGUUAUUACUCCAGCUGAAGUUAACACCAGACCUGCAUAGAUUUCUUUGUAGUAUUUGGGGUGGCACUUCAGAGAAAAUUGGUUCAACUUUUGAUGCACGAAAAGGUAGCAGUUCAAAGAAGUUUGGCGGCUUAUGUCCUAUGAUCUGCAGUUCUCCAGCAAAACAAAAAUGUAGAGGAUGACACAUUGUAAAAUUGUAUAGUAGUAUAGUAAUAACAGAACUUUAGGGUGGUGUCUAACUUAACAUAGUUGUGUAAGCCCUUGUAAAUUUAUCUAGUUGUAUUACCCCGCGUCGGACGGCAGCUGUUCAUAUUUUUCUGCAUAAACAAUUACCAAUUUUGGGUUCAUAUAUUGGGAAGACUGGUUUUGUAAGCCCUUGAAAGAAUUCCUAAUUUAGACUUGCCAAAUGAAAGUUCAAGUU